AGCCUGCUGUCACCAUGACUACCACUCACCACCAGCAUAUGGUAGAGGAGUUUGUGUCCAUGGAGUUUUCCAGCUCCGCCACCCACAUGCAGACCUUCUCCCAGACAACCAAGAUCGUGGGAGGCAAUGUUGGUGACAGGAAGUCCUCAAGCACGGUGGAGUUCUUCAGCUUGGUGACCCGGAGUUCCAACAUCCCUGCGGGCAAGAGCGUCCCUGAGUUCAUGGAGAAACCUCAGCGGAUCACCGCCAGAGGGUGGGAUAAAGCUGUGUUCAGAGCCCGGGUGCAGGAUAACCACAAACCCACCCUCUCCUGGCAGAGGGAGCCCGGCAAGAUAUUCUACACCACCAUUAACUAGGAGCGCAUGCUGAAGCUGGAACCACUGACCUCAGAUGAUGACAUUGCAAGCAAUAACCAUGCAGGUACAAUCUAAACCAUAUCCUUGCUGGUGACAGAGAAUCAAGAAAAAAUAGAUUUCAAGAAGAUGUUGAAGAAGAGAUAAGAAUAGGAGGCUCCCUGCCCAGGGGCUCCCUCUAUCCCCAAGAAGCAGAAGGUGACAGAUGAGAAAGAAAUGCUAGAGAUUUUGUCCAAGGUGCCCAAGAAGGACUUUGAAAAGGUCUGUGUGGAGUAUGGUUUCACCAACUUCCAGGGAAUGAUCAAGAAGCUCGAAGGCAUCCAGCCACUGAUGGCUCACACCUAUAAUCCUAGCUACUCAGGAGGCAGAGAUCAGGGGGAUCAUGGUUCAAAGCCAGCCAGGGCAAAUAGGACAGAGACCAAGAUUGACACCAUAGUAGUUUUUGACUGCAUCAUGGAGCUGAAAAAUCUCAAUAUCAAGAUGAUAUGGAUCAAGGAUACUGGGCCACUGAGGACCCAGUACUCUAUGGGCAAGUAUGAUGUGGAACAGAUAGGCACCAAAAGCAUGCUGGUUAUUACCAAUGGAAACAUGAGUGAUGCCGACAUCUACAGCCUUAUGGUGGGUGAUAAUCAGAUGAGUGAGCAGCUCACAGUGCUGGACUCUGCAACUCUGAUCAUCCCAAACUUCUGGAUCCUGACUACCCCCUACUCUCCAACUAGUUACAACCAUUCCCCACUGACCCUGACUACCCUCGGCCUCAAAUAUCUGGCCACUAUGAAGAAUGGGGUGUCUGAUAUGCACUUAGCUACUGGGAGUUCAGCUGAGUUAUGUGUAAUGCUGAACGAUGAGAAGGUGGAGGGCAUGUGACUAAAGGAUGGCCAGGAGAUCACGGACUUACCUGGUGUGCAGAUCGUGAAGCAGGGUGCGGUGUGUAAGCUCAUCUUCCCCAAUAUGGGUGCAAAGCAUGAGGGCAAGCACACAUUCCCAGCCAAGAGCACAGGAAGCAAAGCCUCGGUGUUCAUUGCAGAGCCUCCUACCACUGACCCAGCAAUCCUUGAGAAACUAGUGGUGCACCCUGUGACCAUAUACAUAUGCCACAGAACCCACAUCAAGGUGCCCUUCCAAGCAAGGCUGCUGCCCAAAGUGACAUAGUACAGGGAUGGGAUAGAGGUAAUGGAGGAGGAACAUGUGUCCAUGGAGCGCAAAGAAGAUCAGGCAUUGCUCACCAUUUCAAACUGUGUGCAUGAAAACAGCAGCCUGGUCCUGCUCAAGCUCAAGAAUGACCACACUCACACCUCACACACAGCUGGCUAUUCUCUGUCCCCAGACUGUCCCAAGCCUCCACAGGGCCAAGUAGAGUUCCUGGAGCUCUGUGGUAAUUGUGUACGCAUGAAGUGGAAAGCCCCAAAGGACAAUGGCAGGCAUCCUGUGACACAGUUCAUAGUGGAACAGAGGGCAGUUGGCAAGAAGCCCUGGAUUAAGAUAGAAGUGGAUGGCAAAGUCACCAAUUUCUCCACCAACCAGGUGGAAGAGGAGGAAGCCUACCAGUUCCAUACUGCAGUCAAUUCAGAAGGUGUGAGCGACCCACUGAAGACAAAUGAAGUGUUUGUGGAAACUCCCACAGUCAAACCCCUUGGUCUUGUCUCCCAGCCUCAAGUGACUCUCAUAACGAAAGAAACUGUGACCAUUACAUGAAAUGCUCCUACCCAAGAUGGGGGAGCUCCAGUGCUUGGCUACAUUGUAAGAAUGAAAGGCAGUAACUUGAGGGUACCAAUCAACAAGGACCCCAUCCAAGGCACCAAGUGUGGUGAUGGUCUCCUGGAGGACACAGAAUACAAAUUCCAAGUUAUAGCUGUGAAUAAGGCAGGCCCUGGACAUCCCAGUAUGCCAACCAGUUCAGCGGUGGCCAAGGAUCCUACUAAACCCCCAGGCCUAUUGCACAGCCUGCAUGUGUCUGAUUCCUCUAACUCCAGCAUCUCCCUGGACCAGCAGGAGCCUGCAGAGGGAGAUCCACUCUCUGAAUAUAUUGAGAUGCAGGCUGAAGACAGCAGGGAGUGGUUCAAGUGUACCAAUCCCAUCUCAGGCACCUGCCACACAGUGAGGAGGGGGGUCACCAAGCAGCAGAAAUAUUUCUUCUGUAUCCAGGCUGGGAAUAAGGCUGGGGUCAGGGAGCCUAUGGUUAAAGGAGUCAUGCCACCACCAGCUGCUGCCAAAUUUGACCUCAGUGCCUAGUUGAGUCACAUGUUGGUGCAUGCUGAGACAGCGCUCUGUAUCCAUGCAGACUUCUCAGGAGGGCUUUCCCCCAAAUACCAUCUAGUGACAGAUGGUGCCAUCUCCUGUUACCACCCAAUGUGACCUGGCAUCACCACCAAAGGCCAAGAAACUAUCACCAAGGGCAAAAACUACACCCAGUUCCUCAUCAAUAGCACCAAGUGCCCUGACUCAGGAUUGUACUGAAUAUUGCUCCAGAAUGAGUUUGGAGAGGCACACUAUGAUAUUUAUGUGCAUGUGUCAGAUUUCCCCCAUCCCCCUACAAACCUGCAGCUGUUUGAAGAGGUCCCCAACACAGUGGCUCUGACCUGAAAUGAACACAGCUCAGAUGUGCAGGAGGAUAGUGAUGCCCACUAUGUCAUCUUAAAGGGGGAAUCAAGCAGCCCCACCUUCACAGCAGCCAAGCGUGUCUUCAGCAACAAGUACACGGUGACAGGGAUGCUCCCUGACUGGAAAUACUACAGAGUGGUGACUGGCAAUGAAAUCAGUGACAAUGACCCACUGGAUUCCAAGGAUACCUGGCUCAUCAAUAAGGACCAAGUUGAGGACCUGAGCAUUAAGCUGAAGUCCUACUAGCAGAAGAACUGGUAUCAUGCACACUUCCUGACUCCACUCAAGCCACACACAGUGCUCUGUGGCCAGGACUGCACCAUGACCUGCACCUUCCUCAGGAACCCACAGCCCAUGACGCUCUAUAGGGUUGACAUCAACAUCACAGCCAACAUCAAGUUCUAGUCCAACUCUACCAGUGGCGUGUGAACCCUCCUCAUCCCCACCUGCACCCUAAAGGUCAAUCUCAAGUUCAGCAUGUUGGUGGAGAAUGAGCUGGGCAAGGACAGCAGUAGCUGCAUGCUCCCAGGCUAUGACAAAGAUGACAAGUCAAUCCUAGUAUCAAUCACUGGGAAUCUACAGAAGAAAUCACCUUAUCCACACUGUACCCUCCCCACAACCCCUCAGAGCACGGAGGCAAGUCUUGAUGAUUUCAACCUUCUCCACAUCCUGCUCCCUCCAUUUCUUCACACCAGAUAG